AAUAAUCAUUUUGUUUUCGUUCCUUUAAACGCGUUCAGUGGGGGGAACGAAUUGAAACAAUUCUGCCUACUUCGGGCUACUCGUUCCUUAGUCCUUACUUCCUUUAAAGCGAAAAUUUGUAAUAGUUAUUGAGUCCAAAACCAAAUUGUGCUAUUCUCUUAUCAUGUAGUAUGUACCAUGACAAAAUAAAUAAUUAAUUAAAUAAUAAUUUAUUCUAUCAUGGUAUGUAUCUUUUGUACCGGAAUGCGGACGUCAAAAGUCGAAAACUCGAAACAUUAUUUAUCAUUCUAGUUGGUACUAUCUUAAUUAAUCGGGUUAGGUACACGACUGUCUCGACUAUAGUACGAUAAUAUCAUAGACCCAUUAACAAAGUUGUUAAUAGGUCUAAUGUCUAUGGAUAAUAUAUAGAGCCUAAUAAACUAGCACCCUACGGAUUCGGUCUUGUCAUAUUUAGGACUAUGGGAAUCUCAAGUUAGUAGGACGUGGUGGCCGUUCACCAAAUAAAAUAACAUAAACAUAACGCUUUUAGCUAAUUUUUGAGGUUAUGAAUGAUAUGUCGACAAAAAACGCGGGAAACAGAAUAUAUUUAUUUACUAUAUUAUAAACGUCUAAACAAUUAACAAACCAAGUACCAGCUGAUACUGUAGACAAUGUCUUGACAUAUCUGUACUCUGUAGUCUGUACUUAGUAGUCAUUACUCAGUAGUAGUGAAUACCUAAAAAAUAAGUAAUAAAGUCACUUCUGUCUAGUCUGUAUAGCAUAGAUAUUAGAGUAUAGACUACUGUCUAGUGCCCACUAUAGUCUUUAAGUCUGUCAUUACUGAUUAGUAACAACUCUAAAUUAAGAACACAGGUGUCUACUAGAGAAUAAAUUGGAAAUAUUAACUUAUGAGGUUUAUUUUAAAUUUUCACUGUUAUUUUUGCAAUAUGGAAUUGUAAAUACCUGAACAUUACAAUGGAAUUACCAAGUAUUGAUGCUGAAUAUGACAUUGAAGUGGAGUUCAUUAAUGAUCAAGUAGUUGCUCAUUUAAUAGUAGAUGAGACACUAGAAAAAAAUAAAAAUUUAUUUGCAGAAAAUCAUUCAACCAGAAAAAAAAAAUCUUUUGAAGUCACUGCAAACAACUCUGGAGUUUCAAUUAAAAGUAAAAAAACAAAUCAAAUAUUAGAUGGAAAUAGUGAUGAUGAAGAGUUAGAUGAAAAUGAAUCAGAUGUAACACUGAAACCAAAAGCAUUAUUUGAAGAUGGAGAUGUGCCAGGUGAACGUAUGUUUAGUUUUCAGUCCAAACAAAAUAAAACACUAACGUGUAUGAAAAAAAAUAAAACUUCACAACAUAGCAAAGAUCUCCAAUAUCAUAACAACGAUGAUAAAAAAAUGUGUAAUAUUCAUCCUGAAGAUUUCUCUGAUGAUGAAAGUGAAGUUAAAUCAAAAAAUCCAUAUAAAAGAACAACUAGAACAACAGCUACAUCAGUUAUAUCUGAAGUCAAAAAUAAAGUAUCAGACAAAGACUUUCCAAGAGUAACCGAUACCAAAUUUGGUCAUGAAACACCUAAAAAAUUAAAAAAAAUACAUUCUGUGAAUAGUUCUGAGCAUAUAUUGACAAAAACACCAAGAACUGUUCGGAAACAGAUUGCAAAAGGAAUUGCACAUCAAAAAUUUGAACAACUUAAUGAAUUUAACGAUUCAGAUUUUAGUAUUAGUGAUGAAAGUGACAGUGAUUCUAGUAUUCAUACUAGUCUUACUAGUCAGCCAAAGACCACUAAUACUCCUUUAAGAAGAUCUACUAGACAAAAAGAAGUUCCUUUUAUAUAUAAAUCAGAUGAAUAUUUUUUAUCCAAGUCUGCUAAAUCUGUGAAAAAGUCUAAGACAUCAGAUAAUACAUUGAAACUAUUGAAAAACCCUGUUUUAGACAAAGAACAGGUUGAUCAACUCUCAGGAAAGUCUUACAUUAAACAUGAUAAAAUGUUAAAGUCAAUGUACAUUGAUAUUGUGUCAAAGUUUCCAUAUUGGAUGUCUUUACUUAAGGAAGGAUUUAAUUUACUUCUGUAUGGAUUUGGUUCCAAAAGACAAAUUAUAAAUGAUUUUAGAAUGUCUGUGUUAGCAGAAGAGUCCGUAUUAGUGAUUAAUGGAUUUUUUCCUGGACUGACAAUGAAAGAAAUACUAGAAUCUAUAACAAUUGAUUUAUUAGAUCUUGAAAGUUGUCCAGGAAGUUCUGAACUCGUAAUUCAGCUAAUUGAAGAAAAACAAAAAUUAAAGAAUUCUGAACAUAUUUAUAUUCUAAUAAACAAUUUGGAUGGUGUUGAAUUACAAAACUACAAAGCACAGCAUAUACUUUCAAGGAUUUGUUCAUUAAAAAAAGUACAUUUAAUAGCAUCUAUGGAUAGAGUAAAUUCUGCUUUAAUGUUUGAUAAUACCAAACUUGGGGAUUACAAUUUUAUUUGGAUGGAUUGUACCAAUUUUUUACCAUAUACAGUUGAAACUAAUUUUAUACAAUCCUUAAUGGUAAAAAACAUUGGAACACAACAUUCAUUAUCAGGAUUGAAUAAUGUUUUCAAAUCACUGACAUCCAAUGCUAAAAGUAUUUUAUUAUUACUGAUUAAAAAUCGUAUUGAAAAUAAGAACGAUAAAAAAUAUGGAGGUGUUCCAUUCUCAACCUUAUAUCGUUGGUGCCGUCAACGGUUUCUAGCUAGUACAGAUCUAGCUUUGAGAAGUCAGUUAACUGAAUUUGUUGAUCAUGAAUUAGUAAAAUGGAAACGUGAUGCUGAUGUACUCUAUGUUCCUGUAGAUGUUGAUGUACUUACUCAGUUUUAUAAGCAAAAUGAAGAAAAUGAUGAAUAAAUUCAGUGUUUUGUAUAUUUUUUUGUUUAAAUUCCAAAAAGAA